AAAAUUCAUCUGGUGUGAGUGAUUUUUCAUAGAAAGAUCAUUAUAAAUAUCGGUCUUAACAUCAAUAACAUUCAUUUACAACAAUGGGAAAAUCACUUAUAUUGUUGAGUAUCAUUGCCCUUACGGCUUUGUGUACUUCCGUUUAUCCAUACUCAGUGCCAUCAUUACCAGGAUCAAAAUAUGGAAGCGCAGCAGCUAAUGGAAAUUCGGCCGCGAAUGGAAAUGCUAAUGAAAACGCUAAUGCCAAUGCUAAUGAAAAUGCUAAUGCAAAUGUUAACGCAAAUGUUAACUCAAAUGUUAAUAAUGAAGUUGCAUUGAAUUUACUUGCUUCAGGAGGAUUUGGAGGAUUAUUCAAAGCAGGUGGAGGUAUGGGAAGUUUUGCGGAGGCUGUGGUAGCUGCACAAUCCGCAGAAAAUACUCAAGCAAGUGCUGUAGCAAAUGCUGCUGCACAAGCCAGAGCCGCUGCUGAAGCUGCUAUACAAGCAUCACAAAGUGGAGAUAGUGCUCUAACAUAUGUACAUGCUCAAGCUGCAGAAAAAGCCGCCGCUGAAGCUCAAGCUGCUGCUCAAGCUAUAUCAAGUGGAUCAUCUGUCUACGCUGCUGCUCAAGCUCAAGCUUCCGCUGCUGCACAAGCAGCUGCCAAAGCUUUAGCUCUUGCACAGGCAUUUGCCUUAGCUGGAAGUCAAGCAAGUGUAAGCGGUUGGCCUCAAGUUGGUGUCCAAGCUGAUUCUCAUGUGGAAACUGUAACAAAUGCUGUUGCUAGCGCCGCUGCACAAGCCACUGCUGCUGCUGAAGCAGCUGUUCAAGCCUCACAAAGUGGAGCCUUUGCACAAGCUGUGGCACAAGCCCAAGUGGCAGCUCAAGCUGCUGCUCAAGCAAAAGCCUCAGCGCGAGCCCUUGCCUCUGGAUCACAAGCAUAUGCUGUUGCUCAAGCUCAAGUAUCCGCUGCUUUACAAGCUGCUACCACUGCCCAAGCCGUUGCUCAAGCUUCUGCUACAGCUAAUGCAGGAAAUUCUGCUCAAUUAACUGCUGUAGCUAAUGCCGCAGCUCAAGCUACCGCCGCUGCUGAAGCUGCUGUGCAAGCAUCACAAAGUGGAGCCGUUGUCCAAGCUUUUGCUCAAGCUCAGGCGGCUUCACAAGCUGCUGCUCAGGCCCAAGCCGCUGCUCAAGCCAUUUCAGCUGGAACACAAGCAUAUGCUGUUGCUCAAGCUCAUGCAUCCGCUGCUACACAAGCAGCAGCCACAGCACAAGCCGUUGUUCAAAGUUCUGUUUCAACUAAUGUCGGAAGUGCUGCUCAAGUAACUGCUGUAGCUAAUGCCGCAGCUCAAGCUACCGCCGCUGCUGAAGCUGCUGUGCAAGCAUCACAAAGUGGAGCCAUUGCUCAUGCAUUCGCCCAAGCUCAAGCUGCUUCACAAGCUGCUGCUCAAGCUCAAGCCGCUGCUCGAGCCAUUUCAUCUGGAUCACAAGCAUACGUCAUUGCACAAGCUCAAGCUUCCGCUGCCGUACAAGCAGCCACCACAGCUCAAGCUGUUGCACGAGCAGCUUCUAAUGUUGAAGCUCAAGUUCAAUUUCAAGCACAAGCUCAUGCAUCAGCUGUUGCUCAAGCGGAAGCACAAGUUCAAGCUGCUGCAUCUGCUGCAGCCUCUGCGGCAUCUGCAGUAGCAAAUACUUAUGCUACAGUCCAAGCUGGGUCAGCAUCCACAUCUGCCGUCGCUGAAGCCAAAGCUGCACAAAAUGCAGCAGCUCAAGCAAUUGCACAAGCUCAAUCAGCUCAAGCUGCUGCACAAGCAAUUGCUCAAGCAGGAGGCUCGUAUGCUCAAGCUGCUGUGCAAGUAGUCGCUCAAGCUCAAGCAGUUCAAGCUCAAGCUGCACAAGUUGUAGCUCAAGCUGAAGCUGCUGUAAAUGCUGCACAAGCCUAUGCAAGUGUUUAUACCAAUGGCCAAGGACAAUCUCAAACUCUAUCUCAAUCCCAAGUAUCAGUACAAACUGUAGCCCAAGCUGCAGCGCAAGCUGUAGCUAAAGCACAAUCUGCCGUAGCUACUGCCCAAGCUGCUGCACAAGCAUCUGCAUCUGGAGCUGUAGCACAAGCUGUAGCUCAUGCUCAAGCUGCGCAACAAGCAGCAACACAAGCUGUUGCUGAGGCAUCCGCAGUACAAGCCAGUGCAUCUGCUCUUGCUCAAACAUCAGCAUACGGAUCUGCAACUGCAAGUGCAGCGGUUCAAGCUUAUGCUCAAGCCCAAGUUGCCCAACAAACAGCUGCUCAAGCAAUUGCACAAGCACAAGCUAUAACUUCUGGUAGAUCUGAACCUUCUGGAUUCGCUCUUGCUAGAGUACAAGGAUCAGCCCAAGCUUAUUCAUCGGCUCGGGCAGCAGUUUCUGUAGCAGCCCAAGCUGUAGCAAAAGCCCAAACUGCCGUCGCUUCUGCUCAAGCUGCUGCACAAGCAUCUGCAUCUGGAGCCACGGCGCAAGCUGUUGCUCAAGCUCAAGCCGCCCAACAAGCAGCCACGCAAGCUGUUGCUCAAGCAUCUGCAGCACAUGCAAGUGCAUCCGCCAUUGCACAGGCAUCAGCAGCUGGAUCGGCUGCCUCCAGCGUCGCCGCCCAAGCAAUUGCACAAGCUCAAGUUGCUCAACAAACAGCUGUUCAAGCAAUCGCACAAGCGCAAGCUGUCGUUGGUGUUUUAGAUGCAUCUGCGAGUGGCAAAGCUGCAGUCACUGAUGAAGGAGCAGGUUUCGCUGAAUCUGCAGUGGCUCGUGGACAAGCUAGUUCUUUUGCACAAGCAAAUUCUGCAGACCAAGGAGCAGCUUCUGCCGCAGCUGCUGCUGAUUCAAGUGAUAACAAAGCAACAAAUUCAAAUGAGGAAGCAAAUGCCAACGCAAAUGAAAAUGCAAAUACCAAUCAAAACGCUAAUGCCAACGCCAAUGCAAAUGUCAAUGCCAAUGUUAACAGCAGCUCAAAUGCUGAUGCUCUCGCUGUAAUCAACUCCUUCUUCCGACGGAGUUUAAAUUCAGGUGCACAUAGUAAUUCAAAUGCUCAAGGUAAUUCAAAUGCUCAAGAUAAUGCAAAUGCUAAUGAAAAUGCAAAUGGCAAUGUAAAUUCGAACUCGAAUUCAAAUGUUGAUGUCGCUAUGUUAUUGGCUGCCUUAGGAUACAGGACCUAG